ACGGUCCUUCGGGGGUCCGAACAUCGUCCGGCCUGACAUUCAUUCGUACGGGAAAUCAUUUUUUCUUUAUUGGUCAAAUAAAGAAAAAAAUAUGUACGCAAUAAAGUUGUACUGUUAAGUCAUAGGUCGUGCCAUGUUCAGGUCGAUCAAGCCGUCCAAAAGCGCCGGGAUUAUUCAUGCCCCAAUGAUAGUGUGUGGUAUUGUCAUAGUUUCCUCGAUUUUUUUUUUUGACAGAACAAAUAAUUGAUGAUCUCGAUCGAUUGAUUCGCGUCGAUUUUUUGUUUUAGUUUCGUUGUCCGUCGUUAUUAUUGUUAUUUAAUUCGGUAAUUUAUUUCCGCGUGUCCGUCGUUUGUGUACCAUAAAAUAGCGUACUUAAGGAUACCCUCUUCUUGUUUCAGGUUUAGUACAGUGCCGCGUUUAAAAAAUGAGAAAUUGAAGUGCACACGGCUCGGUAAUGCGUUUGGCCGUUUCGGGACGUUUCGCCAUGACUUGGUUUACAGUAAUCGCUUUACUGUUUCCGGUGUUCGUGGGUUCGAACCAUACGGGUUGGUUGCGCCGGGCAUCCAUACCGCUCAACUUCCCGGAAGUUCGCAUGCGACACAUGCGGCACUCGGGACUUUCCGCGGAUCAAGCAGGCCACAAUUUCCCGUGGCCAGUGAAAAAAGAAGCUGUAGUGGAGGGCGACUUACUGCUAGGCGGACUUAUGAUGGUCCAUUCCCGGGAGGAUACGCAGUUCACUUGUGGCCCUAUCAUGGCUCAAGGCGGCAUACAGGCCGUGGAGACCAUGCUGUACACACUGGAUCAAUUCAACAAACGCUGGACCAAAUUUAAAAUUGGGGCUUUGAUACUGGACGACUGCGACAAAGACACUUACGGUCUGGAAAUGGCAAUUGAUUUCAUAAAAGGUUCUAUUAGCAACAUCGACGACACUCAAUAUACUCACUGUAAUAAAUCACAAGUGAAAAAAGUAAUAUCUGGUGUAGUUGGUGCCGCUUCGAGCGUUACAUCUGUCCAAGUAGCGAAUUUGCUUCGACUCUUCAAAAUACCACAGGUGUCCUAUUGGUCGACUAGUCCUGAUUUAACUAACAAACAGCGUUUCGAAUAUUUUUCUCGAACAAUACCGUCCGAUUUGCACCAAGUAAAAGCCAUGGUGGAGAUCGUACGGAAGCUCGGCUGGAGUUACAUAUCUGUCAUAUACGAAGAGUCAAACUAUGGCGUUAAGGCUUUCCAGGAGUUAGAAGUGAUGUUGGCCAAGUACGAUAUAUGCAUCGCGGCCAAAGAAAAACUGGUCAAAGAUUCGGGCGUGGCUGAGGAGAAAGCUUACGACGAGAUCGUGUCCAAACUACUGAAAAAGCCGAGAGCCAAAGGUGUCAUAGUUUAUGGAUCUGACCAAGAGGUAGUGAACUUGAUGAAAGCGGUUAGAAGAAAUAACGCGACAGGAAACUUCUCGUGGAUCGGCUCUGACGGGUGGAGUGCAAGAGACAUGGUUUCGGAUACAAACGAAGCCGAAGUUGAAGGAUGUGUUUCUGUUCAGCCACAAGCAAACCCGGUGAUCGGUUUCGAAGAAUAUUUCUUGGGACUUACAGUGGAAAACAACAAAAGAAAUCCUUGGUUUUCAGAAUUCUGGGAGGAACACUUCCAGUGCCGGUAUCCGGGCAGCAUGAGAACGCCGUACAACUCCAACUACUCGGCGGUGUGCAACACUAGCUUCCAUCUGACCAAGAAAGUGCCCAAGUUCGAAAACCAAUUGCAGUUUGUCAGCGACUCUGUGCUGGCGUUCGCUUAUGCGUUGUACGACAUGCAUUUCGAAAAUUGCGGCCCGUCCGCCGUCGGGCUUUGCGAAGCGAUGAAACCCGUCAAGGGUCCUGAACUUCUAAAGUACCUGAGGAAAGUCCAUUUCAAAGGUCUGACCGGCGACAAUUUCCAUUUUGACGAAAAUGGAGACGGCCCGGCUCGCUACAACAUCAUACACUUUAAAAAAGUCGACCCGGGUACUUACAAAUGGAUCAAAGUGGGCGAAUACUCGGACGGACAACUCAAACUCAACGUAUCCGAAUUGCGCUUCAAAACCGAAUUGUCGAAACCACCCGAAUCUGUUUGCAGUCUACCGUGCCAGAGAGGACAAGCGAAACAGUAUCUGGAGGGCGAGAAAUGCUGUUGGCACUGUUACAACUGCACCCAAUACCAGAUCCGGUCGCCAACGGACGAGCGGACAUGUAUGCCGUGUCCCCAGGGCACGCUGCCAGACGCCAACCGAGAGCAGUGUUUGGACAUACCGGAAGUGUUUUUGCGGAUCGGAAGUAGCUGGGCCAUCGGUGCCAUGACUUUGUCGGCGAUUGGAGUGGUCGUCACGUUGUUGGUGGUGACCGUGUUCGUCAAGCAUAACCACACGCCCAUCGUCAAGGCCACCGGCAGGGAAGUAUCGUACGUGCUUCUGUCAGGCAUACUCUUGUGUUAUCUGAUCACGUUCGUGUUGGUGCUGAAGCCUACAGAUAUCGUUUGCGGCGUUCAAAGAUUCGGCGUUGGAUUUUGUUUCACGGUUGUUUACGCCGCGUUACUGACUAAGACAAACCGUAUAUCGCGCAUAUUCAACGCUGGUCGUCGAACCGUCAAACGUCCCAAUUACAUUUCUCCAAAAUCUCAAUUAGUCAUAUGCACCGGACUGAUAUCUAUACAAGUGCUCAUUAAUGGAGUAUGGAUGCUAGUGAGUCCACCCAGGGCCAUUCAUUAUUAUCCUAGCAGGGAAUCUAACAUACUAGUGUGUUCUUCGUUUAUCAACACAUCUUAUGUGACGGCGUUUGGUUAUCCAAUCGUGUUGAUCGUAGUGUGCACUGUGUACGCUGUGCUUACCAGGAACAUCCCAGAAGCGUUCAACGAGUCGAAGCAUAUAGGUUUCACUAUGUACACUACGUGCGUUAUAUGGCUGGCGUUCGUACCGUUGUACUUUGGAACAGGCAACCAUACUCCAUUGAGGAUAACGACCAUGUCAGUCACCAUCAGUCUGUCUGCCAGCGUCACUAUUGUUUGUCUUUUCUCGCCCAAGCUGUACAUCAUUUUGUGCCAUCCUGAGCGCAACGUACGUCAGAGCAUGAUGCCCAACAUGAGGCUGACGGGCACGAAAACGUUUACUACGACCAACACUAACGCCAACGCCAACAAUUCUACGCGGAGACACAGCUCGUUGACAUAUAAAGAUUCUAGCACAGACAUGCAAAUUAAUUUGGAGAACCGAAAACUGUUACUCGAACAAGGCGUACAGACAGAAGAGACCAGAAUACAAGAACAACAACAACCACGGUCGUAAUAAUCAAAGUGUUAUGGAUUUUUUUUUUACUAUAUACGUAUAUGCGCUUGUAUAUAUCAUUAGUAUAUAUACUCGUCGCGUCGGUGUACAAUGUGCAUGUGAAAAGACUGAAACGAUUGUUGUUACCCCGAAGAAGAAACCACGAUUAGGUUCGAUACGGAGAGAAUGCGGUUUGUGAUGACAAUAUUUAGUUAGAUAAAACCGCCUUUAUCUAAAAUAAUUUUCAAUCGAAAUAAAAAAAAAUGUAUGUCGCCUUGUUAUUUGCUUUUCGAACAAGAAUGAACUCUAAUAUAUCUACCAAGCCAAUUUCUUUCUUUAAUGACAAACACUGUUAGGGAGCUUUGUGUUUGGUAUACGAUAAAGCAAUGGCGUACCGCGUAAGUAGGAUUUCUUUUUAGAAGGGUACUAAUUAUAUAUAUAUUAAACAAGUUUACAUACAAAUUAUAACAUUAACAAUAGAUCGUGUUGAUUAUAAAAUCGAAGUUUCUUAUUGAAUGAUCAUUCCUCUUGUAUAUGCCACCGUGGUAUGGUAGUCAUUUUGGAGAUAUUGUUGUAAUGAAACCGGAGUAGUUGCUGUCGGUUUGGCUUUUCGGUUAAGCUCCGAGUGUAUUUUCCCGUAAAAUAACAAGCAUAAUGAUCUAAGGUAUGUGGCGAGGUUUUUUUUGUAAAAAAUCCACAAACGUCUGGUGUAGUUUUAUCUCGCUACCGCAGCGACCGAAGAUUUCUCAUUGCAAAAUGGUUUGUAAAAUCGGACGGGUGAACGCUGCGUCCGAUGUCGUCGACCCGAUAAAAUAAUGUGAUAUUGCAUAAAGGUGUUGUAGCCGUUAAACACUUAAGUCGCGGUGGGAAGAGACAGGGAAAACACCGCCAAUGCCGUACUGGGUCUUUGCCGCAAUCCAUCUUGACCGUGCAUGAGAUAAUAUUGUGGUCGGAUUGCGACUAUAGUAGGAAAUUCAACCCGUCAACCGCGUGUACAAUACUGUUCCGUGUAAAAUACUUGGCGACAACACGGCCCGGCACAUCCCAUCACCUCUUUGGCCGUUUUAAGGACAUAGCCGGGGGUAGGUUAAGUAAUUGAAAGGAAUCUGUCACUUUCCAUUUUACUCCAAGAAGUUUUUUCAGGCGUUUAAAGCGUUACUGUGUGUACACACUGUAGUGGAUAACGAAAUUAGGGGAAGAUAGGGUAGAUUUGAACUGGAUUUUAUUAAAUCGUUAAUAGUAGUCGAUAAGGUUUGAGGAAAUACAGAUUAGGUACCUACAGUAUGACCAGCAUUCUGUAUUUUUUUUCCAACCCUUAUCAACUAUUAUACUGUUUAAAUAAAUCCAGUUCAAAUCCGCCCCAUCCUUUCCUACAAAUAACUGUAUGAUUAAUAUCAUGCCCCGUAGUUUAAUUAAAUUUUUUUCGAGCAAUAAAAACCAACAUACAAACCCUAUAAAUUAACAUUAUUUUUCGACCUCAUAAAUUAUAAUAACGAUUCACUAUUUUUUUUUUUCAAUCGCCUGCUGUUAUAACAUUUAUAUGUAUUGCCAAACAUGUAAAAAGUAGGUACAGAGAAAACGGAGAUACGUUUGUGUAUUUUCAUAUUUUUCAUUAUUGUACAAUUGUUUUUUUCUUCUUAGGUAUAAAAUAAAUAACAAUAAUAAUACGAGGACAAGCAUUGUUGAGCAUUUAACGGUCUAAUUUCCAUAGAUUAACAUAAUAUGUGUUAAGGCUUAACGAGACUCGGCAAAACUGAGCGUUGUGUAUUAAAACUUUAAACUGCAAAACAAAUACCUGUUAGAUAAUACCAUUGAUUGUAUGCAUUUAUAAUCAAUGGUAAUACCUUAUGUUUAAACAAAUUUAUAAAAAAAAAAGAUUACCAUUUUCCCCGUUCUCUUCCAUUUACCUUACAUAGAUAUUAAAUGAACUAACAGCAACAUUUCAUACGCUUAUGCACUUAACCUGACCAAAUGGGUUGCACAAAAAUAUAUAAUUUUUGCAGUUCGUGCUUAAGCAAUUGUUAAAUGUCUAAGGUUCGUUAACCCUUUCAUGAACAUUGGAAUGCACCUCGGAAUUGGUUAAAAAUACAUAUUUUAUUUAUAAUUAAAUAUAUAUAUAAUAUUCCACUAAAUAACAUUUAAUCUUACGAAAUUAUUAAUUACAUGAGUUUAGUUAAUGUGAUACAAUUAGUCUUUAACUAACUCAAUAAUUGAAUGCCUUUGGAAAUAAACAUUGUUAUAUUUUUUUCUUUCGUUUUAAGUUAUAUCGUAAAUGAAAAUGUUUUUGCGACGUUUAUGGUAAUAUAUAUUCGUGCUACUUAGUUUUUGUUGUCUCUUGGAGGUCGAAUAAUGCAUUCGCGUAUAAACAAAAGUAAUAUUAUUCAAAUGACUUAUCGAGAGUAGGUUAUAAUCCCGAAGCUACUUAUCACAGUAAUCCGUUUAUGCCCUUUAAACCGUCGUUAAUGCAGUCUACCGGGAGAAUGACUAAAAUGAUAAAUACAAUUAUUCUGAAUCGCCAGACCUUUAGCAUUAAACACCUACCAUACUUACAAUGUACAGAAUUAUUCGAAUUUCCAAAAUUACCCUACAAGUCGAAGAUGUGUACGAGCUGGAAGUGCUUAAAAUUAUAUGAACGAGUUAUUUAUGGAGCUAAUAUAUUUUAGUGUAUAUAGGUUUUUUGUUAUUGAGAUUUCACUAUUUAUUUGUCGACACUAUAUAUGUGGACUCGGUUAGAACAAGUAUAUUAGUUGCCAAUGUCAGAGAAUUAAUUAAGAAGGUUCGGGCACGUCGAACGAAGGGACAUAAAUUAAAUAAUAAAACAGGCAAGAGAUAUUAGUGCAGAGUUAAUGCUACUUCAAAGCUUAAAAUAACUAUGUAAAAAAUCAAAAUUGUUUACUCAUGCCAAAAACAAACAUUGUUCCUUGACUAGCGUUAACGAACUAAAUACGUGAUUCAUCAACAGAAUUUUAAUUAAAAAUAUGUUUUUCAUUUAACUAAAUUAUAAUACGAAAUAUUUUAAUUUUAAUUUUAAGUCUACUAGAUUAGAUGGAAAACUAAACUACCUGAGGUUACAUUUUAAAAUGCUAUGAAGUUAGAUUAACUUGAUUUUUGACAACUUGAUCUAAAUGUAAUACUUAUUACAUAUUUUUUAGUUAUUUAUGAAUAUUAUUCAAUUUCUCAAUGCUUAAACUCAAAAAAAUUAGCUAUACUCAUAUGUAAAGACUGCUUCUUGGCUUAUUAAAAGACCUACGUACACUUAUGCCUGAGUCAAAAUGAUAGUUGGCAGUGCUCGAAUUGGAAAAAUAAAAGUAGGGGGACGUUUUUACUUUAACAAAAAAUAGCGUACCCGCUUUUUUUCGUCCGAUUUAUUUAUACAGAGUCCAAUAAUGACAAAAAAGGAAACUAAAAAUUUGUAAUA